AAGUAGGGAAAAAAAUAGUGCGAGCGAGCACAAUCUGAUCUGAUCAAGCACUUUCAGCUUCAUCCCUCCUGGGUCACAUACUGCUUCUCCACCAAGGUGAUCAAAGAAGAGAAACAUCUGCAACAGAGCGGAAGAAACGAGGGGAUCUCGCUUCGUAGAGAAAUUUUUCCCCCGAGAUUUUUUUGUUUUCCCUUUUUUCCUCCCUUUUUAUUUCAUUAUUUCCCCCUUUUUUUUAUUUUUUUUUUGGAAUCGAUCGUUUAUCACCAUACCCCCAACUCCCUCCACUUUAAACCAAACCUAACCUGAAACAUCCCCAAACUCGCCGAGCACUUUUCCCCGCCCUGCAUAACUCCGGCAGCGUCUCCCGCUCCGAUCUCAAGCCCUCCGCGCCUUGCUGAGGAGGAGGAGGAGGAGGAAGAGCAGCGGCGGAGCAGCGAGCGCGGAAGAUGGAGGUCUCCACGGACCAGCCGCGGUGGGUGAGCCACCACCACCCGGCCGUGCUCAAUGGGCAGCACCCGGACUCGCAUCACCCCUCGCUUGGCCAUACCUACAUGGACCCCACGCAGUAUCCUCUCGCCGAGGAAGUGGAUGUACUUUUUAAUAUCGACGGACAAGGCAACCCCGUCCCGCCGUAUUACGGCAACUCCGUGAGAGCCACGGUGCAGAGAUACCCCACGGCCCACCACGGGAGCCAGGUGUGCCGCCCCCCGCUGCUGCACGGCUCGCUGCCCUGGCUGGACGGGAGCAAGGCGCUGAGCAGCCAUCACAGCGCUUCCCCCUGGAACCUCAGCCCCUUCUCCAAGACCUCCAUCCAUCACAGCUCACCGGGACCCCUUUCCGUCUACCCACCCGCCUCCUCUUCCACUUUAUCCGCCGGCCACUCCAGCCCGCACCUUUUCACCUUCCCGCCGACCCCUCCUAAAGAUGUGUCCCCGGAUCCGUCCAUCUCCACCCCUGGCUCCACCGGCUCCACCCGGCAGGACGAGAAGGAAUGCAUCAAAUACCAGGUGUCCCUGGCCGAUACCAUGAAGCUGGAGUCCUCUCACUCUCGGAGCAGCAUGGCCUCUUUAGGAGGAGCCACCUCCUCCGCUCAUCAUCCCAUCACUACCUACCCACCGUAUGUCCCAGAAUAUGGCUCUGGACUUUUUCCCCCCAGUAGCCUCUUAGGAGGAUCGCCAACCGGGUUUGGGUGUAAAUCGCGACCAAAAGCACGGUCAAGCACAGAAGGCAGGGAGUGUGUAAAUUGUGGGGCUACCUCAACCCCUCUGUGGAGAAGAGACGGCACUGGGCACUAUUUGUGUAACGCCUGUGGACUCUACCACAAAAUGAACGGGCAGAACCGGCCCCUGAUCAAACCCAAGAGAAGACUGUCUGCAGCCAGGAGGGCGGGCACGUCCUGUGCAAACUGUCAGACCACCACUACCACCCUGUGGAGGAGAAAUGCCAACGGCGAUCCCGUCUGUAAUGCCUGUGGGCUCUACUACAAGCUGCACAAUAUUAACAGACCCCUGACUAUGAAGAAAGAAGGAAUUCAGACCAGAAACCGAAAGAUGUCUAGCAAAUCCAAAAAGUGCAAAAAGGUCCAUGACAACCUUGAAGACUUUCCCAAGAGCAGCUCCUUUAACCCCGCCGCCCUCUCCAGACACAUGUCCUCCAUCAGCCACAUUUCACCUUUCAGUCACUCCAGCCACAUGCUGACCACACCGACACCGAUGCAUCCUCCAUCCAGCCUCUCCUUCGGACCUCACCACCCCUCCAGUAUGGUCACUGCCAUGGGUUAGCAAGAGACUCCCCUGCUGAAUGCUUACGGUCUCAAAAUGAGAUUUACUUUAUAUACUACUUGCAUUUUUGCAGGCGUGUGGUUAUGGGUCUGACGUCCCGAAUCAAAUGGGAGA